CAUGCCAUAGAUUUUUCUAAUAUUUUUACAACAAACAAUCUGAAUUCUCAUGCCAUAGAUUUUUCUUUCUUUCUUAUUUAUUAUCAUUAAACAGCUCAACGGCCUCACAAGGCUCAAAUAACCAAAAAACCAAAGAGUGUAGCAGUGAGUGAUAAUGGCAAUGGCAAUGGCAAUGGCAAUGGGUGUAGAGAACAAACAAGUGUUACUGAAAGGCUACGUAGACACAAUUCCAAAGGAAUCAGACAUGGAAGUGAAGGUAACUCAGACUCAGCUCAACCCUCCAAAUCUAAAAGGGUCUGCAGCCAUUCUUCUUAAGAACCUAUAUCUCUCUUGUGACCCUUACAUGAGAGGUCGUAUGAGAGAUUUUCAUGGUUCCUAUAUACCCCCAUUUGUCCCUGCUCAGCCGCUUGAAGGUUUUGGCGUCUCCCAAGUUGUCGACUCUGAUCACCCAGAUUUCAAGGCUGGUGAUUAUGUGACUGGGAUGACUGGAUGGGAACAAUACACCUUAGUCUCUCCCACUCGUGCCCAACAGCUCAGAAAAAUCCACUUGGAUGAUGAUAUCCCUCUUUCAUACCAUUUGGGGCUUCUUGGCAUGCCAGGUUUUACUGCGUAUGCAGGGUUGUUUGAGGUGUGCUGCCCCAAGAAAGGAGAAUAUGUUUUUGUGUCUGCAGCUUCAGGUGCUGUUGGUCAGCUUGUUGGCCAGCUUGCUAAAUUGCAUGGUUGUUAUGUGGUUGGAAGUGCUGGCUCGAACCACAAAGUUGAUCUGUUGAAGAAUAAGCUUGGCUUUGAUGAUGCUUUUAACUACAAGGAUGACCCAAACUUGACUGCAGCUUUGAAGAGGUACUUCCCACAAGGCAUUGACAUCUACUUUGACAAUGUGGGAGGAGACAUGCUUGAUGCAGCACUUGGGAACAUGAGAAUUUUCGGUAGGAUUGCCGCCUGUGGAAUGGUGUCCCUCAACAGCCUCUCUGAUCCUCAAACAAUGCACAACUUGUACAAUCUCAUACCCAAGCGUAUCAAGAUACAAGGAUUCCUGCAAAGCGAUUACUUGGAUUCAUUCCCACGUUUCCUUGAACAUGUUACCACUUACUACAAGCAAGGAAAGAUUGUCUACAUUGAAGACAUGAAUGAAGGCUUGGAAAGUGCUCCAUCUGCUCUUGUUGGCUUAUUUUCUGGCAAAAAUAUUGGUAAGCAGGUCAUUCGUGUAGCCCAUCAAUGAAUCUUCUUCUGCUUAUACAUUCUGGAAGAGGCCCUUCGCAUAGCGCAUGUUCAAUAACUCAAGAAUAAAUGAGCUAUAUUUAUUCCCUGUUUUUGAAGUGGAUGAUUAUGCAAUAAUGUUGAGAU